CGGUGAAUUUACUUUAUUUUUUAUUAAAAUAUUGAUUGCUACAUAAUGAACAUUAAACCUAAAGUGUCAGGGGACACAACCUUACCUCACCAAUCCAACAGCAGUGAUGGAGAUGCUAUUAAGGUGUAUGUUCGGGUGCGACCUUUGACCCAGGGUAUGGGUUUGACCACAGAUGGAGAUCAGAGUUUGUGUUUAUCGGUGACGUCGGAUCAGACACUGCGUCUGAACUCCAAACCUGAACCGAGAACCUUCACCUAUGAUCAUGUGGCUGACAUGGACACCACACAGGAAUCUGUGUUUUCAUGUGUAGCUAAAAACAUUGUGCAGUCGUGCAUGAACGGGUAUAACGGCACCAUCUUUGCUUAUGGGCAGACUGGCUCUGGGAAGACCUUUACCAUGCUUGGACCAAACGAGCUGGCAGAUUUCAGUGACGAACUGCGUGGCGUUAUUCCUCGUAGUUUUGAGUAUCUGUUCUUUCUCAUCAGCAGAGAAGUGGAGAAGUCCGCAGGUGCAAAGAGCUUCCUGUGUAAGUGCUCCUUUAUUGAGAUCUACAACGAGCAGAUCUUUGAUCUUCUGGACAGUGCAUCAGCGAGCUUGUUUCUUCGAGAGGACAUUAAGAAAGGAGUGUUUGUAGAGGGAGCAGUAGAGAAGUACGCUGCAUCAGCCGCUGAAGCCUAUCAGGUGUUGUCUAUGGGAUGGCGUAACCGACGUGUGGCCUCCACAUCUAUGAAUCGUGAAUCGUCUCGUUCUCAUGCUGUUUUUACAAUGACUUUGGAGUCCAAGGAAACGGGACAGGGCGUAGUGAACAUCAGAACGUCCCAGCUCAACCUGGUGGAUUUAGCAGGUUCUGAGAGACAGAGGGAUACACAUGCUGAAGGGUCUCGUCUGAAGGAAGCGAGCAGCAUCAACCGUUCACUGAUGUGUUUGGGUCAGGUGAUUAUGGCACUUGUGGACGUGUCCAAUGGCAGGAGCCGCCACAUCUGCUACAGAGAUUCCAAACUCACUUUCCUGCUCAGGGACUCUCUGGGAGGCAAUGCUAAGACCUACAUCAUUGCUAAUGUCCAUCCAGGAUCAAGAUGUUUUGGAGAGACUCUCUCCACCCUGCAGUUUGCUCAGAGAGCUAAGCUCAUCAAGAACAAGGCUAUGAUAAAUGAGCACACACAGGGGAACGUGAAGCAGCUUCAGGCUGAAGUGAAGAAAUUAAAGGAGCAGUUGGCAUUUGCUUUGUCUGCUCGCAGUAACAUCAACGAACUUGCUCCUGGAGGCCCUGAGUUAAACACUGCUCCAGCUGAUUCUGAUCCUCUGUAUAAGAGUCGUUUUCUUCAGGCUGUUGGACUCUGGAGGAAAUGUGAGGAGAAGAAGAAGGUGUUGCAGGAGAAAGUAUCUCAGCUGGAUGAAGCCUGGGCUCAGAAGGAGAAAUUUAUUCAGUCUAACCGCAUGAUCCUGAAGUUUAGAGAUGAUCGCAUAGCUCAAAUGAAAAAGGAGCUGGAGACGGGGGACCGCCUUGAACCUGCUCGCCAGGACCAGAUUCUCAUCGAUCAGCUACUGCAAGAGAUUCGACUGCUCAGAGAACAAGUGGAGCAUCACCCACGAAUGAUGUGGUUUGCUGCAGAGAACUGCAGCCUGAGGGAAGAAGUGCGCACCCUGCGUACAUUCGAGUCGGUAAAGAGCGCUCAAAAGGCCUCAUCCCAAAAUGCUGCUGAGUUAGAACAGGCCUUCCACGAGCUCCUGGAAUCAGAGGAGGCAGCCAGAGGUCCACCUACCGGUUCCACCCCAGUUACCAUGGAGACUCUGUCUUCUGUUUCUGUGGAGAGGUUGAAGGCACAGUUGCUACAGAAGCAGUCGGAGCUGACGACGACAGUGCAGGCCUUCGAUGAGUACAAGCAAGUCAGCAAGAAGCAACUGCUAGAGCUGGAGUCGGAGAAACGCUACUUGGAAAAAUCCAAUAAGCACUUGGAGAACAUUCUGGAAGCUACUAAAGCUCACACCAAACAAGAGGUUUCACAGCUCAACAAGAUCCACGCUGAAACCAUUAAGAUUCUAACCACCCCGACUAAAACGUAUAAUCUAAGGAGCCGCUUGGUACCACUGUCCAGCCCUGAACAUCUGAACGGGCAUGAGGGAAAUGGGGAGGUGGAAGGCGAGCAGGAGAUGGAAGAUCUGGAUAGUGAACAACCCCCCGAAGCCAUGAAUGAACUUGCCUGCGAGGCUCUCACUGAAGAACUCAAACACAUGCAGGAGCAGAUGAAUCGUCUCAAGAGCCAGUUAGAUGGGGAGGAAACCAAAAACAGGAAGUUGCUUCAGCAAAUUAGCAAGCUGGAGGAGCAGGUUUCUACAGCAACUAAGGAGUCCACUCGCAAAGAAGAGGACUUCAGUUCAGAGAAACGUUCUCUACUGGACGAGCAGAACAAGUUGCAGGACACACUGAACUCUCUAGAGCAGCAGCUCAUGGAGGAAAAAACCACUGCAGAGGUGUUGCGUAGUGAGGUCUGUGAUCUGCGGGUGGUCCUACAGUCGUCAGAUAAAGAACUGGAGGCGGUAAGGAAAGAGCAGGAAAAAGAGAACUCUCACCUCUCCAACAGCCUCAUCGGUACUCAGCUUCAACUGGAUAAAGUCAGGUUGGAGUGGGAGCAGUUACAGGAACAGCACCGUGUGCUACAGGACUCAUUUGAUACACUGCAGGCUGAGUUUAAGUUUGAAGCUGAUCAGUAUCAUCAGCAGCUUCAGGAGAAAACUAAAAAGCACAACCAACAACAAACCCAAAUUCAAGAGCUGAUGAACACUCUGCAAGCUGAGCGAGAGCUAAUCACCAGUCUGAGGUUACAGUUGAAAGCUGAUCGAGAAAGCAUCUCCAAAGAACUGCUGCAGGCUGUAGAGGAGAACUCUGUACUGAAGAAACAAAUCCUGGACCUCACAGCUCAGAACCAGCAACAGGUGGAGAGCAUUAAAGUUUUGGAGCAGAAUGUUAACAGUGCCAAUGCUUCAGUGUUCAACCUUGAGCAGAAAAUAAACCAGGAUAAAGAUGUGGUGUUGGAUUUGAUGACGCAAACAAGGGAUCUGCGGUCUGAGCUCGGACAGAAGGAUCAGAGUCUGUCUCUGCUGAGUGCCGACCUCAGUGACAUCACAGUGAAAUAUGGUGCAGCAUGUUCAGAAAGAGAGGAGAUGAAAAAGCAGAUCUCUGACAUGCAGACUGAAAUCCAGGAUCUCAGAGAAGCUUCAGAACGACGUCUGGCAUCUGACCGAGUGGAGUUGGAGCUGCUGCAGGAGGAUCUGGCCUACGCAUCAGAGGAGGUGGAGAAACUCAGUAAAGAUUUAGAAGAGCAAAGAGCAGCACUACAGAAAGCUCAGCACCUUAAUGCUGAAAAGGACACAACCAUUAAGACUCUGCAGGCGGAGCUUAAGCUGAAGGAGGAACAGAUCAAUUCAAGAACGGAAUACAUCGAUCGUGCCUCUGCGACACCUAAAGCAAAUCCUCAGACUCCUCAUACACCGCGCAGCAUGAACAUGGAGCUCUCUCAGGUGUUGGAGAGUCAGGAGAGGGAGCUGGAGAGUCGACGCUCCUCUAUGAUUACAAUGGAGGUUCUGCUGGCUGAACUUAACGCUGAACGUACAGCCAAAAACGACGAGAUCCAAAGACUCAAGGCUCAGCUGAUUGAGAAGGAGAACAUGCGGAUGGAGAUUCAGACUCUCCUGGAGAAUUUCUAUAACACAGAGAACCGACAGGUUCAGAACAACAAUGCCACAGAAAAUCUGAAGGAGGCGAUUCAUAACUCUGUGCUGCAAGAUUUACGGGAAGAGAGAAGUGCAAAGAACGGGUUGAUGACACAGCUGGCUGAAGCUCAGAAGGCACUGCAACAUCAAGAAGUGACGCUGACUCAGUCUCAGACGUGCGUACAGGAACUGACCUCUGAACUGAGGAACCGCUGUCUGGAGCUGAGAGAACUUCGGAUGCAGCAUCAGGACAUACUGCAGGAAGUGGAGGUGCUGAGGAAGCAGGUGGAUCAUCUAGCUGAGGAGAAUGGCAAACUGCUGGGUCACCAGAACCACAAGCAGAAGAUUGAGUACAUGGUCAGACUUAAGAAAGAGAUCAUCAAACUACAGGAGGAAAACGAGAAGCUCCGCAAUAAAAGCACUUCAUAAUGGUGGAACAGUGGAGAUGGUGGAAACAUGGUCUGCUUAUUAAUCUGAGCCAAAUCUAGAAUCAAUUCUCCCUCUCCAUGCUGCAUAUUUCAUGUUUCACUCGCGGUGCUAGAAAUGAACUGAUCUAGAAAAAAGAGGCAUUACACAGCAAAACUGAUGUUUAGUCAAGACCAAACGUUUACAAGCUCUCGUGGGGACGUGUCAUUCUUAUCUUCCUGCAACUGUUCUUUUUCUGACUUUCACUUCACUUUCACUUUAACUUCAUGGACUUGAAGGUUGCCUGGCAAGAAAAAAGCUUCUGCUCCGAAAUCAGCACUAAUUAAGCAAAGCCUGUGGGUAUAUGAUGCCUACUGUAAUGUGGACCUGUUUUUGGAUGACAUCUGACCAUACAAAUUUUCUCUCAGCUCAAAGCUUACAGUUGUAUGUAUUUUGUAUGCACUUGUGUACUUUGCGAUGAGUGCAGUCAGAUAACCCCUUAUAUGGUCACAGAAGUCCACUGAUUUGUAUUCACUUAUAUAAUCUGUAAUGACGAAUUAGUAAGACAUGAUACAGCAACAUAUGGGAAAAACAUAAUAUACUUGAAAAUAAAAUUUAAAAAAGGCUUUGGGAAAGACUUUAUUUUCCCCAAUUAUAUAAGUGACAGAAAUUGAAAUUCCCAAACUGUUAUAUACAAAUUUCUUUCAAAUGUAUGUGAACUUUUGAGAUCCAACUGUAUGGAACACUGAGCAUUAUAAGGUUUUUCGGACCCCACUGUGUAUGAGGACUGAACACUGGAAUCAUUACAUGUAGAUAACAUUCUCUUCUGUAUCUAAACAUUGUACUCCUUGAAAAUGCUUUUAAAGUUUGUUCCAUUAAAAAAAUAGGAUCUUUUUUUUUCUUUUCAGGCACGUUGUUGUUUUUUGUGCUUGUGCUGGUUAAUAAAGAGAAUAAAGCUGAUAUUAAAUAACAUUUUAUUAUUGAACAUUUUGGCAGCUUCUUGAUUUUAAUUUGUUAGUCCAUGGCAUUUACUUUUUCAAAUAUAAAACUACUUUUUGAUAGAUAUUUUGUAAAAACUUGAUGUGUUUUGUCCUUUUGUCCAUUGUACUUCAUUGUUUUUCUAAAUGUCACAUGCAGUUGGUGUAUUUUAGGGAAAUAAAUUAAGUUUCUUUGUGUUUUUCUGGAUUAGUUGUAUAGGAGCUCUAUGUGCUUUCUUUUGUUCUUGAAAAACUUAGAAAUAAUUUAAUUUGUGAAUAAAAAAAUUGUAUGAAUUAUUUUAAAUGAAUAAAUACAUUAAA